CUGAUGUGAUCCUUCGGCAUCGGGUAUGUCAGUUCCCAGAAAGCCUUUUUCCUUAUAUUAGUAGUAGAAGUUACUACAAACGCCCAACCACUGGAUAUGCAACGAUACCGCAGUAUCAACUCUGACCUCGCCCACAGAACUACGCCGAAGCGACGGGUACAGAGAGCGUGUGACCUUUGUCGACGGAAGAAAACUCGAUGUGAUGGAAACCGACUACCAGGAAAGCAAUGCUCCAAUUGUACUGCCGCCAACUUGAUCUGCGCGUAUCUUGAUGCUAAUACUCCAAUCCUGUCUCAACAUUACGUCGAAGACCUCGAGAAAAAAGUGGAUGAAAUGGAAAAGUUACUACGCGAAAUGCUCCCUCCUGGCGCGGACUUGGCUGAGGAAUUAGAAAAAGAGACUAUUGCGAUGCCGGCCUCUGACUCGGAUGCUGGCAGUUCGAUACCUAACGUCAUGCGGUCUCUUUGUAGGGACACCACCAACGAGAAAGGUCGCUCAGUUUCCGAGGAUGACUAUGAUGACGUGCUGGAAAGCAACCUUCGCCGAUUUCAGAGCUUCACUCAAGGCAGAUUUUUCGGCAAGUCCAGCCACGCCCAGUUUAUACAGACAGCACUCGACGUUAAAUAUGGACGCCCUACUUAUGUGUGCGAUCCAUCGAACCUUCCUCUGAGAAGACCCGAGUUCUGGGAACCACUCACUUGGCAUACUCCCAGUCGCUUCUCACAGGUCCAAAUUGAUGUGGAAUACGACUUCCCGGACAAUAAUCUACUGUGGUCAUUGAUUGACCUAUAUUUUUCAGAAAGCAAUAUCUUCCUUCCUGUUUUGCACCGACCAAGUUUUGAACGGUUGGUCGCAGAGUCAGCACAUCUCCAUGACUCACCGUUUGCUCGAGUGCUGUUGGCUGUCUGUGCUAUAGCUUCAAGAUACUCGACCGAUUCACGUGUCCUGAUCGAGAAUGAUCCGUCUUCCAGUGGGUGGAAGUGGAUGCAACAGAUCCUUGUGUGUGGCAGGGAAAAUGCACUAUUGGGCCCGCCGCUACUAUACCACUGCCAAUCAGCAUGUCUCAUCGCAGAAUUUAUGAAGGGUUGCUCUAUACCUCAGGCAGGCUGGACUAUCGUAGGCGUUGCUCUCCGUGUGGCACAAGAGGCAGGGGUUCAUCGAAAGAGGACCCAUGAAGGCCCUAAUAAUGCAGAGGCAGAAUCGUGGAGACGAGUUUUUUGGUGUCUCGUAUGUAUAGAUAGAUAUGUCAGCUCUGCGCUGGGUCGUCCAUGUGCCGCCAACGACGAAGACAUUGACACUGACUUACCUGCCGACUGCGAUGACGAAUAUUGGCCCGAUCACGUAGAUCUAGAACAAGCCUUCAAGCAACCUAAAGGACAACCUUCGCUAAUAUCUUAUUUUAAUUGUCACAUAAGACUAACUAGGCUUCUGACGCUCUGCUUGCGCACCCUCCAUGGUAUAAAUAAGUGGAAGGCCAUAUUUGGUGUGGUGGAAAAAAAUUGGGAAGAACAGAUUGUCGCGGAGUUGGACUCGGCGCUCAAUACAUGGAUUGACACGUUGCCAGAUCAUUUGCAAUGGGAUCCCAAUCGCGAGAAUUUCAUACACUUCAAGCAAUCUGCAGCAUUGCUAGGAGCAUAUUAUGAUCUGAGAAUGCUAAUUCACAGGCCGUUUAUUACCACCCGUUGCCACUCAUCAAAGUGGCCAUUCCCCUCGCUCACAAUAUGUACCGACGCCGCACAUUCAUGUUCUCACAUUGUGGAUAUCCAGCAUCAACGUGGGGGCAAGUCCCCGUUUGCUGGCUAUCUAGCAUUCAAUGCUGCACUUGUUCUAUUGUUCAACAUCUGGAAUAGGCAGCAGUCCGGUAUUUCGGUUGACGUGAAGAAGGAAAUGGACGAUGUUCAUAAAUGUAUGAGGAUUCUCCAUAGCUUGGAAUCAAAGUGGCGAUUUGCUGGCGUAUACUGGGAUGUUCUCUAUCAAUUGACGGCAGCUGGCGAUCUACCGCUGCCUAGUCCUGUCUCAAGAAAUAAGCGAGAACGAGAUUCUGACUAUCCCUUUGAUCCUAACGAACGCGGGAGGUCCGACGUCGAAAAGGAUUCUUAUGCUGUCGGAAAUUCCUAUGGUGGAUCGAGCUAUCCCCCCACCAACGAGCCCAUGAAUCUGUACUAUGCACCAGCACCCCCCGAAGCCCCUUCUUCUCAGUGGGGCACAACAUCCAUUCUUCUGUCAACACAAGACCCUCAAUGGGAUUAUCAAUCGACGUCCGCAUCCUCAUACUCACAGUGGACACGAUCUCCGGCUUGCUCCCUUUCCGUGAACAGCAACAACUCGGAACGAGUAUAUCUCCAUGGCCAAGAUGGCCAAGCCGCUUUUUCUCACGAUGUUCCUGAACAGGACCCUCAAAUAUAUGGCUAUCGCGAGCCUUCCAGCAGCUGUCCUCCAAGACAAGAGUAUAAUCCAGGAUACAUGUCAUAUUACCGUUGUGAUGGCGACUUGGGCAGGACCAGAGUGUUUCACUCCGGAGAAAGUGAUGAUGACAGAAAUUGUGACAGAAUGAGAACAUUGUGGGGAAGUAUCCCGAGAAGGAUGGAGUUAAGUGACUGGGACAGAUGUCUCAGAAAUCCGAAUGAAUUGCCCUGGUCGACUCAGUAAAGGACUUUAAACGGUCACAAAUUUCAAUGUAACAACAUCACCUACCUACCCAACGGCAACGUACCUUAUCCAGCCUAAUUAAUAUGAUGAUACGAUAACUUCUGUCUG